UCGAGCUGUUUAUCUCAUUUUGCAAUUAAUAAUUUGUAUGCAUCUUUGUCAUGGUGUAUCAAGUUUUGAUUCUACAGACAUUGGACUGGAUAUUUACAAAUAUUUAAAUAAAUACAAUUACACCCUUGAAGAACAUACAGUAACAACAGAAGAUGGCUACAUCCUGAAGUUACACAGGAUUACAACUGGAAGAAAUGGCAUCUACGCGACGGAAGGAAAACCACCAGUCCUUCUGGUUCAUGGUCUUGGUAGCAGCAGCAUGGAUUACGUGAAUUAUGGACCGGGUAGAUCAAUUGGAUUGAUGUUGGCCGAUGGUGGUUACGAUGUUUGGUUGGCAAACUGCAGAGGAAAUACUUGGUCCAGAAAUCACAAAAAUUUGGAUCCAACCACCAGGGAAUUUUAUCAAUUCAGUUAUCAUGAAAUUGGAUACUACGAUCUUCCAGCCAAAAUUGAUUAUAUUCUGCAGAAAACUAAUAAGGACCAAUUGUCUUAUAUUGGUCACUCACAAGGGGGCACGACAUUUUUUAUUUUGGGAUGCACAAGACCUGAAUAUAUGAAGAAAAUAAACGUUAUGGCUGGUUUGGCACCCGCUGUUCUAAUGUCCGAUGUUUCAAAUCCUCUUAUUAGAUUAGCAGCUCAACCGAUAGUUACAUUGGCUCUUGGGUUCCUUUUGGAAGCAGUAAAGAUGCACUUAGUUGUACCUCACUAUGAUAUAUUUACCGAAUUUGCACACUUGUGUCAAGAUGAUAAUAUAAAAUAUAUUUGCCAAAUGGGAUACUACUUGAUUGGAGGCAUAGACGAAGAACAAAUGGAGGAUGGUAUUGUACCAAUUGCAUUAUCUAACGCUCCUGCAGGAAUAUCAUAUAAGCAACUACUGCACUUUGCACAAGCAAUUCGAACAGGUACAUUUGGACCAUUAGAUUUCGGUCUUACAGUGAAUAGACAGAAAUACGGCAAACAAAAACCCGGAAAUUAUAACCUGGGGAAAAACAUUUCGCCCCCAGUAAAAAUUUAUUAUGGAGCAGGAGAUACGCUUGUAGCACCCACUAACACCGAACAACUGAAGAAUAUUCUUCCAAAUGUCGAACUAAAGUUGAUAAAUGCUACGAAUUUCAUGCACUUGGACUUUCUUUGGAGCAAAGACAUUGUGGAACUUUUGAACAACGACAUAGUGGCGUUGAUGAAUAAGUACAACGAUGUAAAAGUAACGACAACCGGGCCUUCUAGCUCAGAAAUCACAACAGAAGCUGCCUCAUCAAAUCCGACAACCCCACAAAAACCGGAGACAUCCUCUGUGACAACCCCUCAAAAACCAGAGACUACCGCAUCGGAAAACCCAGAAACUUCCUCUAUAAAACCAGACACGGACUCGGCUACAUCAAUAUCCGGAAAUGUUAUGAUUUUCGGAUUGUUGUUGUUACACAUUUUCUUCAAGAAUUAUUGAUUAAAUUAAAUAAAUUCGACGUUAUACUUUUGUGUAAUAUUUAUAUUAAAUAUGAUCAGUAUAGCGUGAUAAAUUUAAAGCUUGGGCUUAAUAAUAAAUUACGAGAAU